AGGUGUGACUCGUCAGCUGACAUAUCAAGAAUUAAUAAAUUAAUAAUUCUUUUUUUAAAUUUGCUGUUACUUUUGACUUUUUAUAAUAAUGGCUCUUCAUUCCGCGGGGAAAGGUAAACUUCUUGCUGUGAUAGGAGAUGAGGAUACUUGUGUAGGAUUUCUCUUGGGAGGAGUUGGCGAGAUUAAUAAACAUCGUCAACCUAAUUUUAUGGUUGUAGAUAAAAAUACAGCUGUAAGUGAUAUAGAAGAUACAUUUAAACGUUUUAUUAAACGAGAUGAUAUUGAUAUUAUACUUAUCAAUCAAAAUGUUGCCGAAAUGAUCCGUCAUGUAAUUGAUAGCCACACACAACCUAUACCAUCAGUAUUAGAAAUUCCAAGUAAAGAUCAUCCAUAUGAUGCUACUAAAGAUUCUAUUUUAAGGCGUGCUAAGGUAAAAUAUAUUAUUUAUAAUUAUAUAUUUGCAAAAUAGAUGAUGGUAAUUGCAUUAUUCUCCAAGAAACAUUAUAGUGUUUUUAUUUAUAUUAUGAGUAAUAUGCUAAAAAUCAUAUAUAUUUAUUUCUUAUAUUGUUUUAUAAUUAAAGAAUAUUAAUUAAUUAAAUAUUAAUUAAAUAUUAUGUAUAAUUUUACUUUACAGGGAAUGUUUAAUCCUGAAGAUAUACAUUAAUUUAAAAAUAUAAAAAACAAAAAUUUAUGUUAGAUAUAAAUUUAAUUGUUAAUCUUUUUAUGUAAUACAACUUAUGUAGAAAAAAAUAUCAAAAUGUAUCCCAUUAUGUUACAUUUAAAAAACUUACCAAUUUUCAAUUUAUAAAAUAUAAAUAUAUAAAUCUUGAGCUAUAAUGUUAUAUGAUUAUGUUAUUUAAUUUAAUAUUAAAUAAAAGAAGCUUAUUAUAUUAA